AUGAAACUGCUGUACCUGUCCCUUGGCAAAGAACUGCAAUCGAUCGUCAAAGCAGCCAACCUCCGCCCCAGCCUGACGGACCCGCAGUGCUAUUCGAUUUUCGUCAAAAACAUUGAAACCCAUUUGCGAUCAAUGACGGACACAACUGCAGAACACCAAGCUUUCCUGAAGAUGAAACAGGGAAAAGAUGAGUCGACCGUUACUUUCCACGCUCGGCUUAUAAGAGGCGUAAAGCUAUGUGGCUACAAUGCCGACGACGAAAGCCGAUUUGUCAGAGCCCAAUUGCUAGAAGGUCUGAGAAACAAAGAGUUGGCAAAGGCUGCCCGCACCUAUGGCUACGACACCAACUUCAUUGUGCAAUCAGCAACUCGCGAGGAAGUUUAUGAGGAAGAAACAGCUGAAAGAACGGUUGACGCCAAUAUUCUGGAAAUUGGUCGGCGCUCCGGUGUCGGCCGAAAACGAAUCAACACUCAUCAGCAAUUUGGCAACCCGGCGACCAAGCAACGCCGUACGAAUUCAGAUUUCAUGAGAAAUGGACCAUGGCGCCCGGAACGACCGAGACAAGCAGGUAACUCCACACAGCAAGCAAGAGACGGACAACGUAGCCCUCGAACGCAAGAUCGUAACACACGCUGCCCUAGAUGCAACAAUCUCUUCCAUCGAAAUCCGCAGUGCCCUGCAUUGACCAGAACAUGCGACAACUGUGGCAAACGAGGACACUUUGCGGUUGCAUGUCGUUCGGAGCGCCCAAACGCAGUACAGCAGAUCUCGAAGCAAGCCGAUGCUGAAUCUUCGGGCGAAGAGAACGUAUCUUACGAAAAACAGAACAUUUUCGCCCUCACUUUGGAGGACGCGCUAGUCGACUGCUGUAUCGGAUCCGCCAGACCAAUAAGCUUCCUCAUCGACUCCGGAGCCGAUGUUAACGUUAUCGGGGGCGAAGAUUGGGUGCACCUAAAACAAGACUACGACUCGGGAUUUGCGCAACUCCAGAUCAUUCAACAACCCAAUAAAAGUUUGCAUGCCUAUGCUUCCGCUAAACCAAUGCCUGUCAAAUGCACAUUUAAGGCAACAGUUGUGGUACCAGGAACUGAAAAACCAUCUGUGGUUGCUAUUUUUCACGUUGUUUCUGGAGGAUCAAGAUCGCUGCUCGGCCGAUCCACUGCGCACGACUUGAAUCUUCUUAAGGUUGGAAAGACCGUAAACAGCUUUGAAUCCAACGAUAGCGAUAGUGUAUUCCCCAAGAUGCCGGGUGUGCAAGUUAAAUUUAGUGUAGACCCGACCAUUCCUCCCUCGAAGAACGCGUACUACAAUGUCCCCGCGGCGUUCAGGGAGGCCGCCAGAAAGAGAUUGGAGGAAAAGCACGGAAUAAUCGAGAAGGUGACGAAGGCGCCCGGUUGGAUAAGUGGGAUGUCCGCCGUGGCCAAAGGCAAAUCGGAUUUCAGACUCGUGGUGAACAUGAGAGCUCCGAACAAAGCAAUCAACCGGGAAUAUUUCCGGCUGCCGCUUAUCGACGAAAUGCGUGUUAAGCUCCACGGUGCCAAAUAUUUUUCGAAACUAGGUCUUAGCAACGCGUUUCAUCACCUGGAGCUAUGCGAAGAGUCUCGCGAUCUCACCACCUUCCUCACUGAAAACGGUAUGUACCGUUUCACGAGGCUAAUGUUCGGGGUCAAUUGUGCUCCCGAAAUAUUCCAGCGCGAGAUGAAUCGGCUUUUUGCUGGUAUGGAGAAUGUAAUCGUGUAUAUUGACGACAUUCUUAUUUUUGCUGAAACGUUGGACGAGCUACGCCAGACUGUCGAAAAAGUCCUCCAGAUACUGCGUGAAAACAACCUGACACUUAACCGUGCAAAGUGUGAAUACGACAAGAGCAGUCUUACAUUUCUUGGACAACUGUUGGACGGUGAUGGCUUCCAUGUUGAUGAAGAGAAAAUCAAGAGCCUGCGCAAUUUCCGGGAGCCCGCGAGUAUCUCCGAGCUAAGGAGCUUCCUUGGGCUCGCGUCCUACAUUAGCACAUACAAAUACGCCCAGAAUCAACGGGAGGCGCUCAGUGCGGUCUGGGGAGUUCAACAUUUCUCCUACUUUCUCCUAGGAAGACACUUCACCCUCCGCACUGAUGUCCAAGGUGUAGCAUUCAUCCUUAACAGCUCCCGAGAGGAAUCGAAGCGAGCUCUCACCCGGGCAGAUGGUUGGGCACUUAGGCUGAGUCCCUACAGCUAUGACGUGGAGUACGUGCGCGGGAUGGACAACAUAGCCGACCCGUCUUCUAGGCUCUACAAUGGCGAGGACGAGCCGUUCAACGACGACGCUAGCCCGUGGGAAAUCGGAAGACUGGAAGCAAAUUCCGUGGAGAUACUCACCGAAGACGAGAUCAUCACCGCCACAUCAGAGGAUGAAACGCUUAAACCCGUGUUGGCGGCAUUGGAAUCCGGACUAUGGUCGGAUGUGGACAAAACCUACCACAAUGUACGAGACGAGUUGUCCGUUCAAGAUGGCAUGAUCAUCAAAACCGGUUGCGCAGUUAUCCCUACAUCACUACAGGACAAAGCCUUAAAAGUCGCACACGAAGUAUUUUGA